AUGGCAUUCUCCUUCGACCAUCAUUGCGCUGUACUGCCCGCCCUCCGCACAGACCACGCCGCCUUCCUCCGCGACGUCGCGGCGAUCGAUCCUCCACCGCUGCUGAGCGCGCUGAUCCGAGUGCUCCAGGCGCAGGGCGAGCAGCCUGUGUCCCCCGCUGAUCGUCGGGGCAUGGUACCGCUGGCCGUCCCACUCACGCGAAACCCAGCCACCGGCACGGUGACGGCGCUCGUGGAGGAGGACGUGGGCGCGCGGGAGGGCAGCGCGGAGGGGGACUCGGGGAGGGUGGGGGAAGCUGCAGGGGAGGAGGGGCGCAGGCUGUAUUCGCCUGGUGACUUCGCAGCGGCCAAGGCCAAGUCCCUUGAUGCCUAUCUGACCACCAAGGUGGGCAUGUUUCCGGACGUCCUUGAGAGGCUGGCUCUGCGGCAUCUGGAGCAGGGCGACCAGGUGUCAGCGCUGGUGGCGGGGGAGUUCUAUGCGCGUAAGCACUUUCCAGGCUUCGCACAUCCCUUCACCUUCAACGCGCAGCUGCUGCUCAGAGUUGGAAGGCCAACAGAGGCGAGGGAUGCAGCGCGCAUUGCACUCAAGUCCCCCUGGUGGACUCUGGGGGCCUCGUACCAGGAGGUGGCGGAGCUGGCGGGGUAUGGGGACUCGCAGCUGGAGUAUGCAUUGGAGCGGCUGACAGAGGACGGCACGAAGGAGGACGUCAACAAGGGCAAGGCGGAGGCGCAGGUGGCACUGGACCAGGCAGCCUUUCUGCUGGACGUGGCAGCAGCAGAGGGCACGUGGGAUGAGACGCGUGAGCAGCUGGCAGGGUGCAAGAAAUGGGCACCGGCACGCAUGGAGUGA